AUGCAUACAACAUGCAUCAGCCCAGAAGGACCAAUCUCAAAGCUCCCUAAGGAGCUAUACAUCGCAAUAUCAGAUUUUCUUCCGGAGCUGGCCGAUCUGAACGCCUUUGCUCGCACCAACAAAACAGCCCACACUCUCCUAAACAGAACCCUCUACAAAAACGACGCCAUAUCUCCAACCCCCAAAGCCCUCUUUUGGGCCAGCACAUAUAAUAAACCUUCCACGGUUCUCCUAGCACUAAAUGCAAACACCGAUCCCAACUCCAAAACAGACAGAGAUCCCCGCCUAAAAGGGUGCACCCCGAUCCUGCUAGCAUCCUUCCACAACAGCCUGGCAGUCCUGAAGCUGCUUCUUCUGAACGAUGACGCAAAUCCAAAUACCCGCGACUACAAAUGGAUCCGGCCCCCGAUCUCCUGGGCCGCAAAACAAGGCCACAUAGAGAUCGUGCAGACCCUCCUAGCAGAUGCACGUACAGACGUCAAUCUCCAAGAUAAGGCGGGCGAUACGGCGAUGAUGAUUUGCGCAGAUCAACAGCCCACCGUUAUGACGACGCUUUUGCUGAGCGGGCGGGCCGAUCCCCGUAUUGCGAAUCGGCAUGGCCGGACGCCUUUAUCGCGUGCUGCGCGCGAUCUCAAUUGCGAUAUGGGAUUGUUGCUUGCUAGACAUGUCCGGUUGAUCCUGGAUGGGGAUGACAGUGCGAAGCAUUGCCAGCAUGUGUUUUUUUAUGCGGCUGUGAGGGGCCAUGCUGAUGUUGUUGAAUAUUUGGUCAAGUUCUUUGGAGAGAAGCUGGAUCCGAAUGCUGGUGGGGAGAGGGAUGACCGCUCAUCCUUUUCUUAUGCGGAUGGGCAGCGAUAUGGACGUGGUGCAUUUACUAUUGCUGCAGCGGCUGGUCAUUUGGAUGUUGUGAGGAUCUUGCUUGGGUGGGAUGCUACGGAUCCUAAUUUACAGACACAUUGGAAGAGACAGACGCCGCUUUUUACGGCGGCUGAGGAGGGGAGGGGGGACAUGGUUGACUUGUUGGUUGGGUGUGACCGUGUUGGAUUGGAGAUUGCUGAUAUGCAUGGAACUACGCCAUUGGGGGUUGCUGCUUAUGGGAACCAUGAAAACACUGUGAGACGCCUGUUGAGUGGGCCGCGGAAGGCUGAUCCUAAUGCCCGUGACGAGAAUGGGCAGACGCCACUGUUCAAUGCUGCUUUUUGUGGGCAUUUGGGGGUUGUGAAUACUCUUCUAGGGGCAGAGGGAAUUCAUCCUGGGCUAAGAGAUACAGAGGGGAAAUCGCCUUUGGAGGUGGCGAAAGAAAAUCAGCACUACCAGGUUAUGGAAGUAUUGCAGGGUAAUUAA